CUCUCUCCCUCCCUCCCUCCUCCGCCUCUCGGAAACCGCCGCCGCCAAGAAGGCUUCAGAUUUCUGCCAGGGUCUAUUCUAACGUGCAAUAUUAUUUAUUUAUUUAUUGUCAUGAUAGAAGUGAUUUUUUUGGUUGGCCAAAACCCCAUGGAUGCCAAUAAUUGGAGGCCCACUGCCCCAGGCGGAGAACCUGUCAUUGACAUGGGUGAUUGGAGAAUUCAAUUGCAGCCUGACUCACGGAAAAGAAUAGUCGACAAAAUACUAGAGAUAUUAAAGAGGCAUCUUCCGUUUUCUAGUCAAGAGGGAUUACAAGAACUCAAGAAAAUUGCUGUACGGUUUGAGGAAAAGAUUUAUAGUGCCGCCACCAAUCAGUCUGAUUAUCUGCGUAAAAUAUCUCUGAAGAUGCUUACAAUGGAGACCAGGUCUCAAAAUACCAUACCCACUGGCAAUGGUAAUGCAGGAAUAUCUGCAGAUGGCCAUUCCCAAAGCGAAAACUAAUCUUCCCUAGAAUUACAAAGUGCCAUUUCUACAGUGAGACACUGAGCAGUGAAAUUGUGUUUUGUUUUGGUUGUUUUGUUGCUGAUAACUAGAUAUUUUAAAUCAUUUUCCUGUACUUUUCCAUUAUGCAAUAAUCUGGUCCCUUCAUUA